AGGAGACACGCACACGCGCAGUGGGAGUGUCUUUCCUCCAGCUGGAGUAAAUAGAGGCGGCGCUGCAACGUGCGCCUCUGACAGGGAAUGGCCGUGUCUCUGCGCUCCGACACCGGCUGACACAUUAACAGCUCCACCGGUCCAUCACUGCACUGCUCCGAGCUGCGCGUCUCCAGGCUGCGGGACUAGACGUGGAUUAUAUGCUGCAAGUCGGUGCCUUCGGUGGCCUCCCGCUGUGAAUUUGGCACAUCAACUCUGAAAGCCCCCUCUGAAGCCCACUGGGACGUCUGAAGCAACCUUUGAAGGCCUCAGGUGUGAAGUCGGUCAGUGGCAGGCUAAGAGAGAUGAAGACAUGGAGUGUGUUUCUGGCAGCGCUGCUGCUCCCCAGCAUCCAAGCAGUGUGUCCGGAUAAGGAGCCAGGACUACAGCCAUGGAUGCCAGGACACAGCGAAGACCACCGCGUUACAAUCGGUUAUGGCAGGAAGGUCCUCCUCACAACUUCAGCUACAGUCCACUCCAUUGAGAUUCUCAACGGAGGAAAGCUGGUGAUUGCUGACACCAAACGGCCUAUACAGCUGCGAACAAAACACAUUCUGAUUGGGAACAAAGGAGAGCUGCACAUCGGAAGCAGAGACUGUCCUUAUAAAGGCAACCUGACCAUCUCCCUUUUUGGAAGGUUGGAUGACACUGAUCAGGAGCACAGCUACUUUGGGAGGAAGUACAUCGGCGUGGGGACAGGAGGGACACUAGAAAUCCACGGAGAAAAGAAACUGUCCUGGACGCUCCUGAACAAGACCUUUCACCCCGGGGAGAGCAACCAAAACAACUACCUGUUCCAGAGAAGCUGGGGGAACCGAGGCAUCAUCAUCCACGUCAUCGACCCCAAGACUGGAGAGGUGCUGCACGAUGACAGGUUCGACACAUACCGCAGUAAGGACGAGAGUAGUCGCCUUGCAAAGUACGUGGACGGUUUGGAGGCUGGGCUCAUACUGGCCAUGGUGGUCAACGACGAGGGCUCUAACAACUUGGAGGACUCGGCCAAGAAGAGCCUCACCAGGCUGGGCAGCCAGCACAUCACCAGUCUUGGAUUUCGGCAUCCCUGGACUUUCAUAGUGACUAAAGGUGACACUUCAUCUGUUGUGGAGGAUCAUGCUGUCUAUCAAGGGACCAAAGCCUCCUCAGAGGCCCUGAGCUCUCGUGUUUUCCAGUCCAGUUAUGGAGAGCACUUCACCAUCACCACCACCAGCCAGUGGGUGCAAGAGGCAGAGUGGACAGAAUGGUUUGACAGGGAUGAUGAGAGGGGAUCUGGAGACUGGGAGAAGUUUUCCGACCUGCACGAGGCCUAUCCAGACCGUCUGUGUAGCAGUCCAUUGGACAUCCAGGCUGAAACUCAUGACGGCAUACCAUCCAACCAGACCGGAGAUGUGAUCCACAAGAAUGACAAGGACUACGGCUUUGUCUGCCUCAACAAGGACCAGGCUCAUGGCCUCUGUCGCAACUACAGGGUGCGCUUCCUAUGUGGAAAACUAGUUCGUCCGCAGGCCUCCAUUUCCAUCGACAUCUUGUCCAACAGCAGCAUCCUAGAGCUGGCCGACCAGCCAGAAGGAUGGAGGUCCGGGGAUCGGGUGGUGGUGGCCAGUACCGACUACUCCAUGCACCAGGCUGAAGAGUUCACCCUGUUGCCGUGCCCAACUUGCACAUCCAACCAAAUCAAGGUCCAAGGUAAGGCCCAGUUCAUCCACAUAGGUGAGGAGGUGGAUGGGGUCGAUAUGAGGGCGGAGGUGGGCCUACUGAGUCGUAACAUCCUGUUCCAUGGUGAAAUGGAGCCGGGCUGCUACGGCAACGAGGCCUGCAAAUUCUUCGACUUCGACACUUUCGGAGGCCAUUUGAAGGUGGAGCGCGGCUUCAGGGCAGUUCAUAUUUCUGGGGUGGAGCUGCAGCACAUGGGCCAGCAGACGAUGGGACACUAUCCGGUUCACUUCCAUAUGAAUGGAGACGUGGAUGAAAGGGGAGGCUACAACCCCCCGACCUCCGUCAGUGAUCUAUCCAUCCACCACUCCUUCUCCCGCUGUGUAACCAUCCACGCCUCCAAUGGACUGCUGGUGAAGGAUGUGGUGGGCUAUGACACACUAGGCCACUGUUUCUUUACGGAGGAUGGUCCAGAAGAGAGGAACACGUUUGACCACUGUCUGGGUCUGAUGGUGCGAGCCGGGACCCUGCUGCCUUCAGACAGAGACAGCAAAAUGUGCCGUGACAUCACCGACGGAGCCUACCCAGGAUAUGUGGCCAACCCACGUCAAGACUGCAGCGCAACUUCAACUUUCUGGAUCGCCAACCCCAAUAACAACCUGAUCAACUGUGCUGCUGCAGGCUCCGAGGAAACAGGCUUCUGGUUCAUCUUCCACCACGUGCCCACCGGACCCUCAGAGGGGCUGUACUCCCCGGGAUACACCGAACACACACCUAUGGGCCAAUUCAUCAACAACAGAGCGCACUCCAACUACAGGGCUGGAAUGAUCCUUGAUAACGGAGUGAAGACCACCCAGGCCAACAACAAGGACAAGAGACCCUUCCUGUCUCUGGUUGGAGCCAGGUAUGGACCCCACCAGGAUGCUGACCCCUUCAAACCCAGAGUCCCCGCUCUAAUCCAUCACUUUGUAGCCUAUAAGAACCAGGACCAUGGAGCCUGGCUGAGAGGAGGGGAUGUCUGGCUGGACGACUGCCAAUUUGCUGAUAAUGGCAUUGGCCUCACUCUGGCAAGCGGAGGAACAUUUCCAGACGAUGACGGCUCUCGUCAGCAGGUGAAAAACUCGCUGUUUGUGGGUGAAAGUGACAAUCGCGGGAUGCCUGUCCCUGACAACCGGAUCUGGGGAAUUGGGGGUUCUGACCUCACUGGCAGAACUCUGCCACGUGGCAUUGAUUUUCCUAUCCGGGGCAUGCAGAUCUACGACGGCCCCAUCAACAUGCAGAACUGCACAUUUCGGAAGUACACAGCUCUGGAGGGACGGCACACCAGCGCCUUUGGCUUCAGGCUCAACAACUCGUGGCAGAGCUGCCCCAACAAUAACGUCACUGACAUCACCUUCGACCACGUACCUAUCACGUCUCGGGUGUUCUUUGGUGAACCGGGUCCCUGGUUUAAUGAGAUGGAGAUGGACGGCGACAAGACGACAAUCUUCCAUGACAUCGACGGCUCAGUCAGCGAGUAUCCCGGAGCUUUCCUGGUUAAAGAGGACAACUGGCUCCUCCGUCACCCCGACUGCAUCGACGUGCCCGACUGGAGGGCUGCCAUCUGCAGCGGGAACUACGCACAGAUCUACGUUCAGACACGUAACCCUGCCAACCUGAACAUGCACAUAGUGAGGGAUGAGUACCCAGAUCGUCCCUUGACCCUCGAGGGUGCCCUGGGUAAGAGGAAACACUACCAGCAGUUCCAGCCAGUGAUCACACUGGCUAAAGGCUACACCAUCCACUGGGACCAGGCGGCGCCUGCUGAGGUCACCAUCUGGCUCAUCAACUUCAACAAGAAUGACUGGAUCAACGUGGGCCUCUGCUACCCACAAGGCGCCACCCUUACCGUUAUCUCCGACAUCCACAACCGCCUGACCAAACAGACCCGCAAGACCGGCGUCUUCAUGAGGACGAUGCAGAGGGAGAAGAUCAACCACUCCCAUCAGGCCAGAGGAUACUACUACUGGGAGCAAGACACUGGACUGCUCUUCCUGAAGGUGAAGGCUCAUAAUGACAGGGAGCAGUUUGCCUUCUGCUCUGUGAAGGGUUGUGAGAGGGUGAAGAUCACAGCCGUCAUUCCUAAAGGCAGUCCACCCAGCAACUGCAUGGCCGAGGCCUACCCCAGACACGCCGAGCUGCCCGUUGUGGAUGUUCCCAUGCCCAGAAAGAUACCUAAUGCAAGGCUGCACUCACCCGAACACUUCCUGGAGGUCAAACUGGAGUCCUACAACACUCGCUUGUACCACGUCAAGGAGGACUUUGCCUUCAUAGAGGUGAACGGCAGAAAGUUCUACCAACCAGAAGACGGGGUGCAGCUGAUAGUAAUUGACGGCCACGAUGGGAAAGUGGUGGAGAACAAAUACUUCAGGAACUCCAUCCUACAGGGCAUCCCUGCACAGAUAGACAACUACGUCAGUGGACUGAGAGACAGUUCCAUCGUCCUCAUCACGUCUAAGGGCCGUCUGUUUACCAGAGGAUCCUGGACUAAAGUCCUGGAGAAACUUGGAGCAGACAAAAACAUCAAAUUGAAAGAUAAGCUGGCGUUUGUGGGUUUCAAGGCCUCCUUCCACCCUGACUGGGUCCAUCUGGAGGCGGACUCCGAACGAGCCAAGAUCCAUCAGGUCCUGCCUGUCCCUGUGGUCCACAAGAUGAAGCUAUGAGUGGCAUGGCAGAGUGGGGGGGGGGGGGUGGACAGCCAAGAGACUGUGUAGCCCCCAGAUACAGACUUGCAUUACAAUCCCUCCACCCAGCCCCCCCCCCAACACACACACACAAAAAAUAUGUACAGACACACACUUACACAUACACACUGCCAGCACUACAGAGUCAGUGCUUCAAGCCAUUAGUGCAGGAUCAAGUGUUUUUUUUUCUAGGUUUGGCGCUAAGAAAAAUGAUGUGAGUCGGUGUGUUGAAAAGGGAAAGACCGUCUCCCAGGACUAGUGCUGCCCAUGAACAGCUGUACCUUCAUGGGCGGCCCAGCAGUAGAGGGCUUUAAGGUGACAACACUCCUCUAGGGGUCAUACUGGAGGUCCUCAGCUCUUUGGCAACAUGACGCAAAACAGCCAGUGGUGUUUGCAGAAAUGUGUCUGUGUCUCCACAGACGUUAACUGAUACUGACUCAACACUGUCAUUAUGUAACUAACAUCAUUCUUAUGUUUACAUUAACGAUAAAUGAACUUUUGGUCAGCAGACUCUGCUGUGCUGUCAUCACAUCGACGUGGACAUGAACUUCAUGUUAACAUUAUUCAGACUCCUCUGAUGCUACACCCAGCAAAGACAGUUCAACCUCUUAGUCUGGACUCUAACAGGCUUUGCCGUUGGUUUACCUGAGCAAAGAGGUUGAUACCUUUUGGCGUUAGAUGACACACAGUGCUGUUAGAUGAUACUGUUAAAGGUUGAGCUCUCGCCUCCGCACACCAAUCACUGUGGCAACCUAACAAGGUGUGGGGUUACACAGGAGAGUCGAGGGUUUCAAUGACCACGUCAUGAUCAUGUUGGAGUAAAGCAAAAGUCAGACAGGUGCCCCAUCUCCAGCCAUAUCCUCCAGCAUCAAAGUUAAACGGGGAUAUAUAAAUCUAGCUCGUUCUGGGUCUGCCCUGGGGGCUUUCCUGUUACCUGGAUUACCGCCAGGACUGGGUGCCUAAACCGGCUCAACUGACUUCUUUCAGGAAGUCUUAUGAAUUGGCCAAUAAGAGAGCAGCUUCAGUUACAAUAGGGGAUGGCUGUAACCACUAAAGUGUUCAUGCUCGGGUUCCAGUGAGCUAUAAAACCAGCUAACCGAUAGCAAAGUCUGUUACAGAUCAAUGCAGAGGUCACAGGACUGACUCUAACUAACCUCCUACCAAUGACAAUCAUAUGCACAUGUUUUCUAUUAGCAGAAACACAAUGCCACCCAGAUCAAGUCAGAUAUAAGAGAUCUGCAUAACCUCUACAAAGUUACAUGGAAAUAUAGUUUGGAAGUUCAAACUCAACUCAAUCACACUGAACCAAACUGCAGCACCUCUUACAAAGCUGUGUAUGGUUGCAGUUCAUAGGAAAGAUACUAGAUUAUUAUUUCAUUUCAUCAUUUCCAAGAGUCGGUUGUUUGAUAUUAAUAUAUUAAAAACUACUGGCCAAUUCUCCAAUGGACCUCCAUGAUGUCAACCACGGUUGCUAGGCGAUUUAUGAUGCAAACGCACAGCCUUUAUAUGAACAGAGGAAGCAAAUAUUAAAAGUGUGGGACAGCUAAUAAAAACGCAUGUAUAUUAUAUGUGUAUCAUCCUUCCCAUGCAGGUCUCUGUGACGUGUGACAGAUGUAAAAGUCGAGUGGUUUGUACGUCCCGCUUCGUUUGACUUAAAAGUGUUUUAAAGAGAGAAAAGAGAAGAAAAGAAAAAAAAAAAACCCCGAAGCAUUCCUCGUUUUAAGACCUGUCGUUGUUGACUUGCUCCGUUUCAUUCCCGAGCGCUCGCUCAUUUGAUAUUGUGAUUGUUUUUCAUGUCAUCAUUUGUGAUAUCCAUCUGUCUGUGGUUUUAAAGAGUGAACCAGCAAAGAAUCCCACAACAAUAUAAAAAAGAAAUUAAAUUAUCAACUGAAUGUUAAAUCAGGGAGAUAAAUGUGCAACCCCCAUUUCAAAAUGACUGAGAAAAAACACACUGAUGAAAUCUUCAUUUCAAUCUGGCAGAAAAAAAAAGGAUUCCCCCGUCCUUUGCCGAAAUAGCUGGUCUUUUUUCGGAGGUUGUAGCAGUAAUUUAGUGUUUUGUAUGUUUAAUGUGUUUUUAAAAAUCCACAGAUUGCUAAGAGAUAUAUUUUAUACUUAUUUAUUGUACAGACACAUUUCAAAUCUACAAAGGGACAUCUUUUGAGUUGUAAUGUUAUUACUGUCCUGUAUGUAUACUGUAUGUAAGAAACCAUUAUAGCUCCAUUUAAAAAAGAUUUGUACCAGACUCUCUGCACACAUGCACAUGAUUCUCGGUAAAGUUGACUUGUUUUAACUGUACACCAAAUGGAUUUGUUGUAUGUGGCUUGGGCUUGUAAAGUAAUGAAGCUCCAUGACUUUGAAAUUUCUUUGUGGACUUUUGUACAGAAAUAAAAUGAUGCUGAACACUU